UUAUACUCGUACUAGACUACCUUUCCGGCGUAAAAGAAUCAGAUAUACCCUGCAUUCAUCAAUCAUCAUCUCCAUAGAGAAACCGUAAAUGGGGCAUGGAAGUUCAAAAUCGAACUCGAUCGCCGAUUCAAAACAACAACCACCACCACCAGCGCCGUUGUCCUAUCGCGACAGAUUAAAAAACAAAUUCCAUCUUCACCGUCGCACAACCACCGCCACGUCACACAGUUCUACUAAUGUCGAUGAUUUCGCAGGCAUCGCUUUACUCACUCUCAUUAAUGCUGAAAUGAAAUUCAAGGACAAAUGGCUUGCUUGUAUCUCAAUUGGUGAACAGACUUUCCGUACUCGUGUUUCUGACCAGACUGACAAGCCUGUAUGGAACUCAGAGAAGAAGUUUCUUUUGGAAAAGAAUGGGCCACACAUCGCUAAAGUAUCUGUUUUUGAGACCAAUAGAAUGUCGAAGAACAACCUUAUUGGGUAUUGUGAGAUUGAUCUUUUUGAAUUCCUCAGCCGAGUUUCGGUUUCUGACAUUGAGGUGUGCCAGUUAUUUGACCCAAAAUCAUCAGAUUUAGUGGUUGGCAAAUUAUUUGUUUCAUGUUCUGUCGAGGACCCAAUUGAAACAGAAAAAAGUUUUGCCAGGCGCAUCUUGUCCAUAGUUGAUUACGAUGGUGAUGGGAAGUUGUCAUUCUCUGAAUUCUCAGAACUAGUAAAUGCUUUCGGUAAUCAAAGCGCAGCUAAAAGGAAAGAAGAGCUCUUUAAAGCGGCUGAUGACAAUGGAGAUGGCGUUGUUAGCAUGGAUGAGUUGGCUGCACUUCUGGCCCUACAACAAGAAGAGGAGCCGCUUAUCAAUUGUUGCCCUGUUUGUGGGGAGCGUCUAGACAUUUCUGAUAAGCUGAAUUCACUGAUUCACAUGUCACUCUGUUUCGAUGAAGGCACUGGAAAUCAGGUUAUGACUGGAGGCUUCUUAACUGAUACACAAGCUUCUUAUGGGUGGAUGUUUAAGCUAUCUGAGUGGGCCCAUGUAUCGUCAUAUGAUGUGGGUUUGAACUCUGGUUCAAGUGCUUCACAUAUUGUGGUUUUUGACCGGCAGAAAAAGAGGCUUGUACAUGAGAUAAUUGAUGGAAAAAUUAUUUUGUCAAUGAGAGCCAUAUAUCAAUCUAAACUAGGGCUUGGCAUUAUGGACAAAGGAGCAAAAGAAAUAUUGCAGGGCUUAUCAGAAAAGCAGGGAAAGAAAAUGAAUUCAGUUGAAUCUGCUAAAGAUAUACCUGCAUUUCUUGAAUUGUUCAAGGAUCAAAUCAAUAUGACCGAUGUGAAGUACCCUAUGGAUCAUUUCAAGACGUUUAAUGAAUUUUUUAUAAGAGAACUAAAACCUGGAGCACGACCAAUUGCCUGUGAGGGACAUGAUGAUGUUGCUGUUUGUGCUGCUGAUUGCCGUUUAAUGGCAUUUCAGACAGCUGAAGAAAGUCUCAGAUUCUGGAUCAAGGGUAGGAAGUUUUCAAUCCAAGGUCUUCUGGGUAAUAUUCCGUGCUCUGAUGCUUUCAUGGAUGGGACUCUGGUCAUAUUUCGAUUGGCACCACAGGAUUACCAUCGUUUCCAUUUUCCAGUUUCUGGAACUAUUGAGCAGAUUGUUGAUAUUCCCGGUAGCUUAUAUACGGUCAAUCCCAUUGCCGUGAAUAGCAAAUAUUGCAAUGUUUUCACCGAGAACAAGCGGGCUGUAUCUAUUAUCUCAACUGCAGAUUUUGGCAAGGUAGCGUUUGUGGCAAUCGGAGCAACGAUGGUUGGUAGCAUUACGUUCACUAAAAAGGAUGGAGACUAUGUGCGGAAAGGAGAAGAGUUUGGGUAUUUCUCCUUUGGUGGAAGCACUGUAAUUUGUGUCUUCGAAAAGGACUCAAUAACACUAGACAAGGACCUUUUGGCUAAUAGUGCAAGAUCUCUAGAAACCCUAGUUUCCGUCGGGAUGCAAUUAGGGGUUUCUACAAAGAAGCAUGCCAAACUUCCACUGCCAGAUAUCAACAAAUGUGUUUUAGGGUCUUAAAAAAAAUGUGAAAUCUCACUGCACCGUGUAGGUACCAAAAACAAUAUUGAACUUGAUGUCUCUACAUAUUUGAUAAUAGGUUACUUCUUGUUGACUUCUCUACCUUCUUACUCUGUAAAAUGCUUUUAUGAAAAUAUGUAUUGUUUAUGUGAAGUUUCACUAAA